AUGGCGAGACACGUCGGGGGAGAAGAAACCGGAGCUUUCAGCGAUCGGAGAAUCUCGCUGGAUCUAGCCGAACUGGUCGAAGCUCUCGCCGGCAGGAGAGAUGGCGGAGCUUCCUGUAAUCGGAGGGAGGCGCUGGAUCUCGACGAGCUGGUGGAAGCUCGCGCCGGAGGAAAGCUGGAUAAUGAGAGCAAGCUCAAGUGGCUAGCCUCCCAGAUCGUCGGCACCGCCGCGGAGUUCGACUCCCCGUUCGGCCGCCGGCGCAUCACCUACUGCGACCACACCGCCUCCGGGAGGUUCCUCCGGUUCGUCGAAGAAAUUCUCAUGACAGAAGUUCUCCCCUUCUACGGUUAGCUCUUCUUCCACGGUUCUUCCUCGUCUUCUUCUUCUUCUUCUUCUUCUUCCUCUUCCUCUUCCUCUUCUUCUUCUUCUUCUUCUGAUGGGAAAAGGUUAUCCCAGGGAACACGCACACGGUGGAUAGCCAGGUGGGCCUGCGGACGAGCGAGGUGGUGAAGCAGGCCAACCACUACGUCAAGCGUUGUAUGGGCGCCGGCCCUCGCGACGUCCUCCUCUUCUGCGGCUCCGGUACCACCGCCGCCAUCAAGCGCCUCCAGGAAGUCAUGGGCAUCGCCGUCCCGCCGCCGCUCCGCCGCCGCCUCCUCUCCCUUCUCCAGCCCUCCGAGCGCUGGGUCGUCUUCCUCGGCCCCUACGAGCACCACUCCAACCUCCUCUCAUGGCGGCAGAGCCUCGCCGACGUCGUCCCCAUCGGGCUCGACGGCUCCGGCAACCUCGACCUCGCCGCCCUCGCGGCGGCGCUCCGCUCGCCGGAGUUCGCUGGUCGCCCGAAGCUCGGCUCCUUCUCCGCCUGCAGUAACGUCACCGGCGUCUACACCGAUAUCCGCGCCGUCGCCCGCCUCCUCCAUAGCCACGGUGCCUACGCCUGCUUCGACUUCGCUUGCAGGUAACUCCAAAAAGUCUAACUUCCCACUAGAACAGAAAUUGAAAGAAGAACUAUUUUUUUCUUUCUUUCAGCGGGCCGUACGUAGAGAUUGAGAUGAGAUCGGGGGAAUCGGACGGCUACGACGCCGUCUUCCUCAGCCCGCACAAGUUCCUGGGCGGCCCCGCCAGCCCGGGGGUUCUGCUAAUGAGCGACGCCCUCUACCGCCUCAAGGGCCGCCCCCCCUCCACCAGCGGCGGCGGCACCGUCCUCUACGUCAACGGCUACGAUGAAGAGGUACCCAUCUCCUCCCCUCUAAGAGAACAAGAAGAAAGGCAGAUAGAUAGAUCGAUAAAGAGAGAGAGAGAGAGAGAGAGAGAGAGAGAGAGUAUUGUCUUCUUCCUCAUCAUCUGACGGCGGCCGGUCUGGUUCUGGAAUUGCGCCACAGGAGACGCUGUACUGCGAGGAUCUGGAGGAGAGAGAGGACGCGGGAACGCCGCCGAUAGUGCAGAAGUUCCGCGCCGCUCUCGCCUUCGCCGUCAAGUCCUUCGCCGGCCACGCGCUCAUCCGCGACCGCGAGGCGGCGCUGGCGCGGCGCGCCAUGGCCCGGCUGGCCGCUAACGCCCGCAUCCGCGUUCUCGGGAACCUCUCCGGCGACCGCCAGCCCAUCUUCUCCUUCAUCGUCUACCCCGGCGGCGCCGGCGGCAAGCACCUCCACUGCCACUUCGCCACCCGCCUCCUCAACGACCUCUUCGGCAUCCAAGCCCGCGGCGGCUGCGCCUGCGCCAGCCCUUACGGUCACCUCCUCCUUGGCAUCUGCCGUGAGCAGUCCCUCGCCUUCCGUGCCGCCAUCAAGCAGGCAAGCUUCCCCCAUAUUCUUCCCCAUUUGCACAGAUUCAUCUCUUUUUCUUCGGCUAUGAGAUGUUGUUCUUGUUCUUGAUGAUGAUGAUGAUGGGGGUGAUGGGUUUCUCUGGUGCAGGGAUACGAGGGGCUGAAGCCGGGGUUUACGAGGGUGAGCUUCGCGUACUACACGGCGGAGGAGGAGAUGGAGUUCGUGGUGGACGCGGUCGAGUUCGUGGCGGACUACGGUCACCGCUUCCUCCCCCUGUACGACUUCGACUGGAAGACCGGCGCGUGGGAGCCCAACGGCGGUGACGGGAUACUGGCGGCGGAAUCGGCGGCGGCUCUUCACCGGGGGCGCCCACUGGUGGACGGCGGCGGGGGCCACGCGGCGGCGCCGCCGCCCUACGAGGAGUACAUGCGUGUCGCGCGGAGAAUAGCGGCGGUGCUGCCUGAUGAAAGCCCGGCGGCUACGGGGAGGUGCCCGCCGCCGGAGAGCGUUGACCCCGAUCUGGUCACAUUCUUGGUGUAA